CCAGCAGGUGGCGUUGUAGUGCACCGAACGCUUCUCUGAAACCCGGAACUAUCGUGUGUUUGUGUUUCUGGCCGGAAGGUGCAGCAGCUGGACCCGGAGGCAGCAGGACAUGUCUUUCUCGCAAGGAACGGACGCCCAACUCCUGCAGCUGCCAUGGAGGACGCUCCGAAUCGGAGACUGCACUUUCCUUGGGAAGGUUUGCUUUGCAGAGUCCGGCUAUGCCCUGCUCCUGUCUGAUCUCAGCAGCGUGUGGUGUGAGGAAGCGGAGGCCGACGCCAUACAGGAGCGCGCGAGGAAACUAAACAAGCGCCUGAAAGCCCCAGUCUCUUCUUUCCUCUCGUACUUGUCCCAGAUUGUCUUUCCCGCGCUGGACUCCAAGGAUAAUGGGCAGAAUGUCUUCUCUUGUCACAGGACAGAGGCAGAGUUGGUGCUGCAGGUGAAGAGUCAGCUCUCUGGCCUUCCCUUCUACUGGAACUUCCACUGCAAAGAGGCCAAAGUCAGCACGGUCUGUCGCCACCUUGUUAACCCUCUGAUGUCCAUGGCGGAGGCGCUGGAGAGGCAGAAUCAGGAGCUGUACCUGCUGCUGGGGAAGAAAGAUGCUGAGAUUCAGGAGUAUCAGGACAGUGGAGCUGUUCUAACCCGCGGUCGGUUGAAAACAGAAGUCUUUGAUGAACUGAAAUUCCAGGAAUCCUUCAUGGCAGAGAAAGUCCAGGUUCUGAGUAAGUCUGGGGAGACCCACGGAUUCAGUGAGCAGCUCCAGCGACUGUACCACGCUCUUACGGCACCGGCACCGGUAAAUCCCAAGGGAGAAGACGUGGGAGACAGUGACAACCUUCCCCCUGUGGCUGAAUCCAAUAGGGAAAACACCAACAUUCCAUUUGGGAAAACAGAACCAACACAGGAGGGAGCAGGUCCAGAAACUUCUCAGGUGCCUCAAUCUUCUCUUCCCUGCCUGACCCAUCGGCCUCCAACUGCAGCCUCCAAACCCAAAAAGAAGAAGGCAAAGGGACUGUUUACAUGAUCUUGGGGCCCCCUGGUCAGACUUUUUCCCAUGAUGCCACCUGUCUGCUCCAUCUUUUCACUCUCCAGGCACCUAUACAAAUACAUAUGGGGGCUACUGCACUAAUUAUGGGUGUGCGUGCCUGUGAUUAGACAGGGUAUAUGUUUUAAUCUCUUAUAUAAUGCACAUUUAUCAUGAUAAUAAAUUAUUUUUGUAUUAUUGUUGCUACACA